AUGGCAAUGGUCAACAUGAAUGCCAACAGAUUCGCGGCGUUACUCACAGUUGAACCAAACGGCAACACGGCUCGAGGAACUUCUGAACGGACGAAUCCCGCUAACAGAGCAUCUCGAGAGGUCUUCGUCUUCCUCCUUGGUCCGUCCGAGCCACUCAAAGUCUCUCUAUGUCGAAGGAUUCAGCAGCAGAUACGCAACCUUGAUAUCAUCUCUGCAGAAAGCAUUCUCAACGAAAUUUUUCAAGACAAGUCAGGUAAGGUAAUGCACAAGUACCAUCUGACGGAAGAGGAGAAUAGAGAAAUCGAACAGUAUGGGAACAACGGAGUGGCUAUCCCCACUGCAACCAUGGUCAAGAUUAUGGAAGAAGCGAUCUUUCCUGCUGGCCAGAAAGGGCAAGUCAAGCCUAAAUGUCUCAUCGAAGGGUUUCCCCGGUCAGUGCAGCAGUGGCGGGAGUUCAAGAAACGCUGCAAGAAGCAUGGUAGGUGGCCAGGUCGUCCACGCUGCUUCUUCAUCGCCAUCGAACCGGAAACUGCAGCAUUCGCCCCAAGCUGCCCUGGUGGAGAGCUGGGAAAGUGGAGUAGGGAGCGCAAUUGGUCAGACGAAAAGGAUGCUCUUUUGGGAGCGGCAGGGGACAGUGCGAACGAAGUUGUAGGACCAAUUCGUGUGGAUUUGAGCGCUCGUAACGUUCUUGAUGUCGCUCAAAGGAUUGUCAAUGCUUUUGAACGGAAUGCCGAGUGGAAAAACAUCUCCGGUUCGACGCGGAUGGCAAAAGGCUGGUUCCAGACUUGA